AUGAAAUUCGAUGAAGUGACUGAAGUUUUUGAGUAUAUGAAGAACAACGAGAUCAAGAUUGAUGAAAAGGCUUUAACUUUACACCUCCUGAAUCUUAAAAGAUAUGACCAGAUGGAGUUAGCUAACGGUUUCUUUCGUCUAAUGGUUGGCUCUGGAUUAGAUGUUGUGACUGUGUACUCUUUAACUGUUGUUGUUUCUUCGCUGUGUUGCAAUGGAGAGAUCAAGAGAGCAAGAGAACUAGUGGAGGAGGUAAAGAUUAAGCCUAAUAUCGUUACGUUUAAGUCCAUGAUUGAUUGUUGUGUGAAAAGAUGGGAUUUUGAAGAGUUGGAUUUGGUACUCAAGCUAAUGGAGAAAGAAAGCGUGACGCUUGAUCUUGAUACUUUCAAGAUUUUGAUUGAAGGUUUCACUGGUUACGGCAAAGUUGAAGAAGCAGAGAGGUUGGUUUCGACGAUGCACAAUAAGAAGGAUACAUACUGGGCGUUGAUGAAUGGUCUCUGCAAUGGUGGAAAAGUGUGUGAAGCGAUGAGAUUGUUAGAUGAGUUGCGUGUAAACGGGUUUGAAGUCGAUGAAGCAAUGUAUACGAUGUUGAUCCAAGGGUGUUUCAGAGGAGCAAUGGUAGAUGAAUCUUUGGCUAUGGUUGCUGAGAUGAUUAGAAAAGGACUCAUGCCUGAUGUUACAAUCCUUGAAGGAAUAGCUCAUGCAUUGUUUGAAGUAAACAGGGUAGAGGCACUAAUGAUGGUCACAUUCUUGGUUAAGAGUGGCGUCAAACCAAAAUAUUCUUCUGAUUUGGUCCCAAAAGAAGUGUAUUAG